AUGCCGUAUAUCCAGCAGGCGCCCCGAACGCCUCAGUCGACACUCUUGAGGCCAACAGGCCCGUGGGCGAACUUGUCCUUCUCAUCAAGGGGCAAGCAGGCCGACGAUCACUACGCCGUGGACGACAGCCAACGAUGUUGGCACUUUGCCCUCCGCCGCAGCAGAGCGGCGCGUGAGGUUACCGGAGGAAGCCUGGCUGGAAGUUUGCAAGUUAGUGACGUCCGCGUUGUCAAAUCUGCUGAUGUCGAACAUGGCAUCAUCGACUGCAGGAAAGCCGCUGGUGUUGAUGCUGCAGCUAUCGCCAGACCAAGUACCAUUGCGAGUGCAGCACUUCUUGAAGUCUUCGUACUGGGAUGCGCUGUCGAACGUGAGAAGCUCGUCACUGCAACCAUCAGCAGCUGUCCAACCAUCUUUCACUUCGUACGUCCAGCACAGCGGAAUAGAACCGAUUCUGCAUCAGUAGUACCUGAAUGUGCCAGUAGUCUUAGGAGUACCGCCCAUGAUGGCGAUGAGAGGAGAGUGUUGUGUAGGUGA